AUGAGUAAAGGAGGAGCUCCGGCCGGCGCUCAGAAAGGAGGGAAGAAGAAGGCAGCUACGUUUGUCAUCGACUGCUCGAAGCCGGUAGAGGAUAAGAUCAUGGACAUCGCCUCACUCGAAAAAUUUCUGCAGGAGCGCAUCAAGGUCGGCGGCAAGCCGGGUGCACUAGGAGAUUCCGUAACUGUCACCCGUGAAAAGAACAAGAUCUCCGUUACUGCUAACGAGACUAGCUUCUCCAAAAGGUACUUGAAAUACCUGACAAAGAAAUACCUGAAGAAGAACAAUGUACGUGAUUGGCUCCGAGUGAUCGCAUCUAACAAGGAUCGUACUGUCUAUGAACUAAGAUACUUCAACAUUGCUGAGAAUGAGGCUGAGGAGGAAGAGUAA